AUGGUUAUGAGCCCUCGAACAGCGUCGCCAGCUGCGGAAGACUGCAUUAUCACGACGGCAAAGCGAUCUGACCCUGAGGUCGAAGAAGAGAAGAGGCUGGCGACCGCACUGUGCGACAAAAACAACUUCAAAGAGCACGCACUCGUCGCACGCAACCUGAGCAAGAUCUACGGCCAUAGCUGCGUGGUCUCAGACUUCAGCCUGGCGCUGAGGCCUUCGGAGUGCUUUGGCCUGCUGGGCGUCAGCGGUUCCGGAAAGACCACCGCGCUCGACCUGCUCGCGGCGCUGACCGACGUCACGCAGGGCGAGGCCUACACCGCCACAGCGUCUCUCUUGGGAAAUAGACGAAAGUGGCAAUCCCAGAUCAGCUACUGCUUCCAAAACGGAUGCCUCCUGGACAAGCUCAACGCCUACGAGUUUCUGUACCUAAUCGCACGGCUCCGCGGGGUGAGCCCACACUAUCUGGAGGCCACCGUGAACGGCGUCAUAUCUAUCAUAGACCUCAAGGAACACGCCAGCAAGCCCUGCGGAUUGUACAGUGGCGGCACUCGACGCAAGCUGUGUGUGGGCGUGGCACUCUUGGGCUUGCCUCCACUCCUGUUCCUGGACGAGCCGUACACGGGAGUGGACGCCAUAUCGAGAGACAGGAUCGGCCGCGCCGUGUCGCGAAUCAAGAAGACCACGCGCACCGCCAUCAUGUUCGCCUCGCACAACAUGGACGAGUGCGAGUUCUCGUGUGACCGCUUCGCCAUCAUGGCCAACGGCAGGCUCACCUGUCUGGGUACGCUGCAGCAGCUGCGAGCCAAGCACGGCCGCGGCUACCGCCUUGAGUUCAUGCUCAGGCACGGUGCCGACCCCGAAGCCACGAAGCACUUGAUGGAGGCAGUGAAUCGACACUUUGUUGGCAUCAAGCUCACCGAGUCUCACCAGAACGUGCUCAGCUAUCGCCUGGAGGAGCGCAUGCCAUGGAGUGAGCUCUUCCGCAAGGUGGAGUUACUGCAGAAGGAUUUUCCUCUCGAGCACGCCAUUGCGGGGGAGAACACGCUGGAGCAAGUUUUCCUCUCGCUAGCCAAGGUUCAGGAGGGACGACUGAUUGCAUAAUUAGUACGGCCCUAA